UAAAGCAGGUAGCCACUCAAUCUCAACAUCAUCAGCAUCCAUCUGAACCUGCUGACUGCAAACCUGCUGCAUCACAGAGAAAGAAGAAAGAAAAACAACUUGAGAAAAACUGAAGCCAUGAUCUCCACACUACAGAAAACUAUUAGACCAAUGACAGCAAUCAGAGGACUGCAUCAGUCUGCAGUAGAAGUCUUGAAGCAGCCAAGCCCUGAGGAAACAAUCACAGCCAGUUUUGGGAAGUUCAUCAGUGACGUAAAGUCUCAGCACUUAUCCUCUGUAGUCCUCCACCGCAGUAAAAGGAUGGUGCUGGACAGCAUUGGAGUUGGUCUGAUUGGCAGCACGACAGACGUGUUUGAACUGGCCCUACAGCACUGCCAGCACAUGUACGCCCCUGAUGACAUCAGCUCUGUGUACGGACGCAAGGGCACCAGGCUCUCCCCGACACUGGCAGCUUUCGUCAACGGAGUGGCGACUCACUCCAUGGACUUUGAUGAUACAUGGCAUCCUGCCACUCACCCCUCAGGAGCGGUCCUUCCUGCUGUGUUAGCACUCAGUGAUAUGAUGACUGCUAACAGCAAACCUAGUGGCCUAGACUUCCUGCUGGCUUUUAAUGUUGGCAUCGAGAUCCAGGGCCGGCUGAUGAGGUUCUCUAAUGAGGCCCACAACAUCCCCAAGAGGUUUCACCCUCCCACUGUAGUGGGGACUAUGGGAAGUGCAGCAGCAUGUGCUCGCCUCUUGUGUUUGGAUCACUCACGCUGCAGUCAUGCUUUGGCCAUUGCUGCCUCUCUAUCUGGAGCCCCAAUGGCUAAUGCUGCCACUCAGUCCAAACCCCUCCACAUCGGCAAUGCCUCACGUUUAGGAUUGGAGGCUGCUCUGCUGGCCUCUCGAGGCCUAGAGGCCAGUCCGCUGGUCCUGGAUGCUGUCGCAGGGGUAGCUGGCUUCAAUGCUUUCUAUGAAGACUACGUGCCGCAGCCUUUGGGCUCACCUAAUGAUGAAGGCCAUGUGUUCCUGCUAGAGGAGCAGGACAUGGGCUUCAAGCGCUUCCCUGCACAUCUGGGGAUGCACUGGGUGGCAGAUGCUGCAGCCUCAGUCCAUAAGCUUCUUGUGGGGGCAGGUCAUGGCACUGUGUCCCCAGCUGAAGUUCAGGACAUCCUGCUCAGAGUCCCCCACUCUAAAUACAUCAACAGGCCUUUCCCUGAGUCAGAGCACCAGGCACGCCACUCUUUUCAGUUUAAUGCUUGCAGUGCUCUUCUGGACGGUGAGGUGACUGUCCAGUCUUUCACCCCUGCUGCCAUGACACGCUCUGACCUGCUCGCUCUGCUGAGCCGUGUUCAUGUGGAGCAUCCCCAUGACAACCCAGCUAAUUUUAACCGCAUGUAUGGCGAAGUCCAGGUGACACUUGUUGGGGGAGACAUCCUGAAGGGACGCUGUGACACCUUCUACGGACACUGGCGCAACCCACUGACCAAUGAGAGCCUGAGGAAGAAGUUCAGGAACAACGCGGGGACGGUGCUUCCCUCCGAGACGGUUGAGAGGCUGAUUGAAGUUUUGGAGGAGCUGGACAGACUUGAAGACUGCAGCCCCCUUCUGUCACUGCUGCAGUGAAAAUUUACAUACAUACAGGAUAACAAAAAAUAAAAAAUCUUGU